CUAAGUACCAUUUGACGUACACUGACGGAAGUACUUCAUUCGAGUGUUUCCGUUCGACAAAUGACAAGCAGCAGAGAGACAAGCGAACCGACAUUUUUUGUUAUUUUGUUGUUUGGAUACGUUGAUGUUCCUUAUUUCGCCCUCUAGUUUAUCGAGCACCUUCGGAUGAAUGGCUACAACGGCAGCGAGAGCAGUGGCGGCAAUGGGGGGACCGGCGUCUUUGUCCCGGUUCAGGGGUGCUCUGGUCGCGGCAGUGCUGGGCGACUGUGUCGGGGGAGAGUUUGAGGGAGCGGAGGAGGUUCCCAUCGAGAAUGUAUUGCAGCACACGAACAGUCUGGACGACGAGACGAAAGGGAACGGCUCCCUGGAGUAUAGUGACGACACAGCCAUGACACGUUGUGUGGUCCAGUCUCUGCUGACCCGGUCUGGCUUUAAUGAGCAGGACAUGGCUCGCAGGUUUGCGAAGGAGUACAGUUUGUCCCCGGGUCGUGGUUACGGCUCUGGAGUCAUCCAGGUGUUGAAGAAACUGGCGUCCCCUCAGCUCACUGACGUGUACCAGCCAGCCAAGGACCAGUUUAAUGGUCGAGGCUCUUUUGGCAAUGGAGGAGCAAUGAGAGCGGCCCCCUUUGCGCUGGCUUUCCCCGAUCCAGCUGAUGUUAAAAAGUUUGCUCGUCUGGGUGCCAUGCUCACCCAUUCCUGUUCUCUGGGCUACAACGGGGCAGUUCUGCAAGCAUUAGCUGUCCACCUCGCCCUGCAGGGUGCCUUGGACCUGCCUCAGAAGUUCAUCAACACACUGAUCACCGAGAUGGAGGAAUUUGAAUGUGAUGAGGCGGCACGGAAUGAUGCCAGAAUCCUGAAGGAAGCAGAAAAGCCGUUCUGUGACCGCCUUCAUCGAGUCAGAGACUUGAUGGACAGGAACAAGGUCACUAUAGAGGAGGUCAUCUCUGAGCUAGGUAAUGGCAUCGCAGCACUCCAGUCAGUCCCAACUGCCAUCUUCUGCGUUCUUCACUGCUUGCAGCCAAGGGAAUACCUUCCAGAAAACUACGGCGGCUUGGAACGGACAAUAGCGUACAGCCUUGCCCUGGGCGGCGACACAGACACUAUAGCCUGCAUGGCCGGGGCCAUCGCCGGCGCACACUACGGCAUCGAGGUCAUUCCCCAAACGUGGAUCCGAUGCUGCGAGGGUGCCGACGAUGCUGACGUGGAUGCAGAGCGACUUCACGUGUUGUACCACCAGACCGGAUCAGGUGAUCAGAGCAAUGAAGACCCUUCGGGAACAAAACGGUCCAAGUCUUCAAACGGCACAGCCAAGUAAACCCAAACCAAUAACGUUUAAUGCAUACAGUGCACCUGGAAUGUAUUCACAGCGUUUCACUUUUUCCAUGCAAAUGUAUUAAAAAUAAAAAACUAAAAAAGCACAUGUACAUAAGUGUAUUCACAGCAUUUGCUCAAUACUUUGUUGGCAUCAAUUACAGCCUCAAGUUUUUUUUAAGUAUGAUGCCACAAGCUUGGCACACCUAUCUUUGGGCAGUUUCGCCCAUUCUUUGCAGCACCUCUCAAACUCCAUCAGGUUAGAUGGGAAACAUUGGUUUUCGUCCAGGAUGUCUCUGUACAUUGCUGCAUUCAUCUUAGUCUAGUCAGGGAGGUGACCAAGAACCUGAUGGUCACUGUCAUAACUACAGCAUUCCUCUGUGGAGAGAGAACCUUCCAGAAGGACAACCAUCUCUGCAGCAACCUACCACUUCAGCCUGUAUGGUAUAGUGGCCAGACGGAAGCCAUUUCUUCGUAAAAGGUUUGCCAAAAUGCACCCGAAAGACUCUCAGACCACGAGAAACAAAAUUCUCUGCUCUGAUGAGACAAAGCUUGAAAUCUUUGGCAUGAAUCACCACCAAUACCAUCUCUACAGUGAAGAAUGGUGGUGGCAGCAUCAUGCUGUGGGGGUGUUUUUCAUCAGCAGGAACUGAAAGACUAGUCAUGGUAGAGGGAAAGAUGAAUGCAGCAAUAUAUAAAGAUGGCCUGGGUGAAAACCAAUGCUUCCCAUCCAACCUGAUGGAGCUUGAGAGGUGCUGCAAAGAAGAAUGGGUGAAACUGCCCAAAGAUAGGUGUGCCAAGAUUGUGGCAUCAUAGUCAAAAAGACUUGAGGCUUUAAUUGCUGCCAAACGUGAAUCAACAAAGUAUUAAGCAAAGGCUGUUAUUUUUAAUAAAUUAGUUAUUUUUAACUUGGUCACAUUGUUAUUAUGGGGUAUUGUGUGUAAAAUUUUGAAGACAAACUAAUUUAUUACAUUUUAGAAUAAGGCUGUAAUAUAAUAUAAUAAAGUGGGGCAGCACGGUGGAACAGGGGUUAGUGCAUCUGCCUCACUAUACGAAGGUCCUGAGUAGUCCAGAGUUCAAUCCCGGGCUCGGGAUCUUUCUGUGUGGAGUUUGCAUGUUCUCCCCGUGACUGCGUGGGUUCCCUCCGGGUACUCUGGCUUACUCCCACCUCCAAAGACAUGAACCUGGGGAUAGGUUGAUUGGCAACACUAAAUUGGCCCUAGUGUGUGAAUGUGAGUGUGAAUGUUGUCUUUCUGUGUUGGCCCUGCGAUGAGGUGGUGACUUGUCCAGGGUGUACCCCGCCUACCGCCCGAAUGCAGCUGAGAUAAGCUCCAGCGACCCCAAAAGGGACAAGCGGUAGAAAAUGGAUGGAUGGAUGGAUAAUAAAGUGGAAAAAGUGAAGCGCUGUGAUUAACAUCUGGAUGCACUGGAAGUUUCGCAAAUACAUUCAUAAACUGGACUGUUUUUUUUUUUUUACGGUUACCUCACAAACAAUAAUGAUUAAUAAUUCAACUUACAACAAAAAAUAUUUCUGUAUAACAGGCUCCUAUGAAAUUUGUCUCAAUCCACUAGAAUAACAAUCAUGCAGAAAUAUGUAUAGUACAUAUUCUUUCCCCAACUUUGCCUUUUUGUGCUGAACAAUCCAUGAACUUUGUUGUUUUCGUUUGAUUAUAACCAUUUUUUGAAUUAAAAAUAUUAUGUCCAAAA